GUCGAGCGGUUCCUGAGGCGUGGGCGGUUCUGGGGUUUAAGGUCGUCCCAGGCUCCUGUCCUCGACCUGUCGGUCCAGGAUGGAUCCCGAAGAGGAAGCAGCAGCAUUGGUGAUGGCUACGCGGCCGCCGACGAAACGGUUGCAGGAACCAGUGACCUUCCGGGACGUGGCUGUGGACUUCACCCAGGAGGAAUGGGGGCAGCUGGGCCCUGCACAGAGGACCCUGUACCGUGAUGUGAUGCUGGAGACCUUCGGGCACCUGCUCUCUGUGGGGCCUGAGCUUCCCAAACCUGAAGUCAUCUCCCAGCUGGAGCGAGGUGCUGAGCUGUGGAUGGCAGAGAGAGGACUAGCCCAGGGCUGCUCUCCAGGCUGGGAACCUGGACCUGAAAGCCCGGUGCCACCCACGGAGCAGGUCCUUUCUGAGGAAGAGCCAUCCUGUGUCAUGGAAAGGGCAGGCUUCCUUGCGGAUGCUGCCUGUCCUGCCACACUAGGGGAAGGCUGGGACUGUGUGGGCCUGGUCAAAGCACCUGAGAAGGACCAGGAUAGUUCAAGGCAGUUGGAAUUUUGCCUUGAGGAAGUACCAGUUCAAGAGAGAAGCCACGAAAGUCUCAGACUUGGGGAAGAUUGUGUCUCGAGUUCAAACCUAAGUCUGUUCCCAGAGAUUUCUGGGAGAAAAUAUUUUUGUACUCCCGACUCACAGGUCACAGAUUUGGGGAGUCACCCACGCUCAGUCAGUCAGCAGACGGGCUCAGGAGAGCUGAGGGACAGUGCUGACUGCAAGGCAAUGUCCCCUCAGGCCAUUCCUGUUUCAGAGCUCACACCAAGCCCCAUACAGGAGAAACCCUACAAGUGCACGGACUGCGGGAAGUCCUUUAACCACAACGCGCACCUCACAGUGCACAAGAGGAUCCACACAGGGGAGAGACCUUACAUGUGCAAAGAGUGCGGGAAAGCCUUCAGCCAGAACUCCUCACUGGUUCAGCACGAACGCAUCCACACAGGAGAUAAGCCCUACAAGUGUGCCGAGUGUGGGAAGUCCUUCUGCCACAGCACACACCUCACUGUGCACCGCAGGAUCCACACCGGGGAGAAGCCCUAUGAGUGCCAGGACUGCGGGAGGGCCUUCAACCAGAACUCCUCCCUGGGCCGGCACAAGCGGACACAUACUGGAGAGAAGCCGUACACCUGCAGUGUGUGUGGGAAGUCCUUCUCUCGAACCACGUGCCUGUUCCUGCACCUGAGGACUCACACUGAGGAGAGGCCCUAUGAGUGCAACCACUGUGGGAAGGGCUUCAGGCACAGCUCCUCCCUGGCCCAGCAUCAACGCAAGCAUGCUGGCGAGAAGCCCUAUGAGUGCCGCCAGAGGCUGAUCUUUGAGCAGACGGCAGCUCUCACCAAGCACCAGUGGGCUGGCACCCUUGGCUGCGACCCACCUUUGAAUCCAGGUGAGACAGCUCAGAGGAGCGACAGGCCCUUUAAGUGUGGUCAGUGCGGGAAGUGUUUCAUUCAGAGCUCACACCUCAUUCGGCACCAGGUAACUCACACAAGGGAUGAGCCUCGUGGGCGGAAACGGCGGCGGCAGGAGCAGCCCCUGGGCCGAAGCUCCCAUCAACAUGUGCACACAGGUGAGAACCCUGGGGGCGGGACAAAGGUGGGACAGCCUGCAAGCAAGGCGCUUGCUUUAUUUGACAUCCACGAGAUCAUGCAAGAGAAAAACCCAGUACACGUGAUUGGGGUAGAAGAGCCUCCCAUGGGUACGUCCAUGUUGUUUGACAUCAGAGGUAUGAGGCAGCACCCCAGGUUCCCUGAUGACAAAGUUCUGAUCUUCCUGCAGACCAAGAUUCAAGGCUCACCGGAGUGUUGCUGCCGGAUGGCCACCGCCCAGGUCCCCCUGAACCUGAUGCCCUGGGAACAGGAUGGCAUCUUUCAAGUGAAGGUGGAGGAUGAGGAAGCCAGCCUCUCCCAGGUCCAAGAAUGUAGCCUUGGCAACACAGCCCACCCUGAGGCUGCACGUCUGCGCUUCCGGAGCUUCUGCUAUGAGGAGGCAUCCAACCCGCAUGAGGCCCUGGCCCAGCUCCGUGAGCUCUGCUGCCAGUGGCUGCAGCCUGAGGCGCACUCCAAGGAGCAGAUGCUGGAGCUGCUGGUGCUGGAGCAGUUCCUCGGCACUCUGCCCCCUAAGAUCCAGGCCUGGGUGGGGGCCCAGUGUCCCAAGAGCGGCAAGGAGGCAGCCACGCUGGUGGAGGAUCUGACUCAGGCACUGGACAAGAGAGGAUGGGAGCCAGGAUCUGAGCUCUCAGAGGCAAGCUGCAAGCACAGUGAUUCGGAAGAGUUAGAGACAGCCACCAAAACCCUGGUGGGUGGCGUUUCCCUGGGACACGGUUUCUGUGACGCCUUCGAACCCCAGGGCAUCUCAGACAGGCAGGCGGGUCUCUCAAGGGACAUCUGGACAAAGUGUGUCACCCCAGAGACAGAUUUCAGGAUCGCUCCAGGGUCUCACGAGGAAGCCCCCACGGACCAGCGUCCCUGUGAAUCUGCUGCCUUCGGGAACAGCCCCGGUGUGUGGUCACACGUCACUUGGCAAGAGAACUCUUCCAAGGAGAAAUUCGGUCCAUUGGACGUUUAUGGCACGGAGCCUCUGUGCGCGCACUUGGGGCAGACAUCCUCCAAGUGCGGGGAAUGUGGGAAAACGUUCCGGAGCGCCCCGGCCCGGGAGGCACACCAGAAAAGCCACGCCCAGAAGACGCCCUACACCUGCAGCGAGUGCGGGAAAGCCUUCCGCCGCAGCACUCACCUGGCCCAGCAUCAGGUCGUGCACACGGGGGCGAAGCCCCACGUGUGUAAAGAGUGCGGCAAGGCCUUCAGCCGGGUCACUCACCUGACACAGCACCAGCGCAUCCACACGGGGGAGAAGCCCUACAGUUGCGGGGACUGUGGCAAAACCUUCAGCCGCAGCACCCACCUCACCCAGCACCAGCGGGUGCACACAGGUGAGCGUCCCUACGCGUGUGAGGCUUGUGGCAAGACCUUCAGCCAGAGCGCCCACCUGACGCAGCACCUGCGCACCCACACGGGGGAAAAGCCCUACAGGUGCAACGCCUGCGGGAGAGCCUUCAGCGACUGCUCGGCCCUUAUCCGGCACCUGAGGAUCCACUCUGGGGAGAAGCCCUACAGAUGCCAGGUCUGUCCGAAGGCCUUUGCGCAGAGCUCCUCCCUCAUCGAGCACCAGAGGGUCCACACCGGGGAGAAGCCCUACAAGUGCAGCGACUGUGGGAAGGCCUUCAGCCGCAGCUCCGCCCUCCUGGUGCACCUGCGUGUCCAUGUCAUGGUGCGGUGAUGACCCACCGCUCCACGGUGCCCUGGGGCUCAACAGGAAGAGAGAACCUGAGUUCUAAGGAGCCAGGAAGAACGGGGUGGGCCAUCAGUGACUUCCCAAGAAUGAUGAGGUUCCUAAGGACAGACCUGGGGCUGUCUGGGAGCAACUCUGCAUCAGGGGACCCGGAUGAAUGUAAAGCUACCCAGCUUCUCCGGAUCCCACUUUGUCUUCCAUCCCCACUAGGCCGUCUCAGAAAGGGGACAGCAGCCCCCAGAAUCAGGGUUGGUCCUCAGAGCCAGGGCAGUCAGUGUCAUUGCUGUCAGGACUCAGUGCUCUGGGCUGGGCCUCCAAAUUCAAUUUCCUGUUUCUUGCCUGCCUAGCCCAGGAGGGACACUGCCCAUGCCACCUC